ACCCCCUGUGUUUGUUUUGAAGAUGAGAAUAUGGUACAGUAACAUGGAGUAUCAGACGAAACUGUAUGUUGGGGCGAUCCCUGUGCUGUUAGCUUUGGCCUGGACUUUUCUAGGUCCAAAUCUUGAAGAUUUUUCACAGACAAUAUCGAUAAAUGACGCCGAUCUUCCACAAGGCACCCCACCCAAGGGACACUUGCGCCCUUUCGGAUACCACGCAGAUGAGGAGAAGGGGAUCGUCGAGCUAGACGAAUUUCCUGAUCCGGAGACUUUUUACAGGGACUUUAUGAGGAAAUCUGUCCCUAUGAUAGUGCGAGGUGGAGUAAAGCACUGGCCUGCGGUGGAAAGAUGGAAGAGCGAGGAUUACCUGAGAGAGAAAUUUGGACAUCAAGUAUUCAACGUGAUGUUUAAAAACACUUCAGUCGACAAAAAUCACUUUGUCCAUAUGGCAAUGCAUAUGGAUGACUUUCUCAAUCAUUAUAAGAACCAAAAACUCUACUUAGACUUUGGAAUAACUUCAGAGAUGGCGGAGGACGUUACCCUUCCAAAAAUAUUCGGUUGUGACACUUAUUUAAAAAUUAUGAAGCAGUACCAAAUUUUCUUCAAUGCCGGUUGGUCCAGCACCGACCUUCACCUUGACAUCACGGAGACUUUCUUCGCCCAGGUGACCGGUCAGAGACAGUGGAUACUGACUACACCUAGAGACGGCAAGAACGCAUACAGCGAUGACUUUGAGCAUCAUACAGGUAUAUCUCAGCUUGAUAUCGAGUCCGUGGAUUUGAUCAAUUUUCCCAACGUAACCAAGGUGGAUGUAUAUAAUAUAACGGCCAAUCCAGGAGACAUCAUUUACGUACCUGAGGGCUGGUGGCAUCAGGUGCGAGCGAAAGGUCCCAACCCGCCAAACAUCGCCAUCGCCAUAUUUCUCCACUGGCUGAACUGUCAGUACGAGGUCCCACCUGGUACAGAUGCCGAAUAUAUAGACGGAUGUAUAAAGAUCCGGGAGGAAAAGCCGCUCGAAAUGACUUGUGGCAUGAAAGUUGACGAGGCCCCUAUCAGCGAGCUGAUGAAAACGCUGAAACACAUGGAACUGGAGACAUUUACUGCAAUCGAAGAGAGAGAGAACUGGACAAUAACGAGUGACCUGAAGUUUGAAACUUCACUGCUGAAGAGCGGAUACGAAAUGCCUGACCUGGGACUGGGACUUGGAGACAUACCUCACAGUGAGUUAAAAGCUGCCCUUGAAUACGCUCUCAAAGUUGGAUACAGGUUAUUUGACCCAGAUUUAAUCGAGGAGUCCGAGUCUAUUCUGGGGUCUGUUUUGGCGAACAACAAAUACUGCAAACGAGAAGACGCUUUCGUUAUUGUUAAAGUUCCUCAAGACAGUUUAGGUAUAGACGCCACCAGAAAGUCGGUGGAAAACUCAUUGAAGAGACUUCAGUCUGACUACUUGGAUCUGGUCUUGCUGCAAGCACCAUCUUGUGACCCCAAGAACGUGGAGUGUUGGGAAUUAUUAAAAGAAUCAUGGCAGACGUUGGAAGAAAUGAACGCUACGGGAAGCAUUCGUUCCUUGGGAGUUAUGGACUUUAAAAUGAAGAACCUUCGAGAUCUAAUCAAAAUCGCCAAGGUACCAAUAUCCGUCGUUCACAGUCGAUUCGACCUCAUGAAAAGAAGGACAAAAUUACGACAGCUCUGCGAUGACAACGGUAUUCGUUUCAUGGGGCACAGUAUAAUGGGACAAAAAUGGCAGACAGAAGACGGUCAAAAUCCGUUAAUGUCCAGCAAUGACUUGAAGGUAGUGUCUAGAAGCGUUCACACUACAACACAGGCGGUUCUGAUCCGGUGGGCGUUGGAUCAGAAUGUCACCGUAGUUCCACGAGCGUUGAAUCUGUUGUACAUUUCUCUCAACCAGAGGGCGCUAAUGACUGACAUCUCUGAAUUUGAAGACAUUUUCGAAAACUUCCCUCAUUCAGAUUAGUCCUGGGAGAUUUCUUCUUUUUUUCUGUUCUUCAUAAUGCGUUUUAUCUUUAUUAGUUUAAUUCUAUCCUGUGUGAUACGUAUGUGUUUUGGACAAAUAAUAUACAAAUAGCGAAGAAAACUUUUUGUAUAAUUAUUAUCCUUAAGUACAUUAUUUAGGUGUGACCAUUCUCUGAAAAUGUGAUUAGCUUCUUCUGGGAGGACCAUAUGUCUUCAUAUGAUAUUAUUUCACUGUAUUCAGAAAACUAUCCAAUGAUUAAUCGUUACGUUUUAUUCAGAGUACUAUCCAAUGUUUUUGUUGUUGUUUACUUCUAUUCAAAAUACUAUCAUAUAAUAAUUGUUCAUGAAUUAUUCUAUUCAGAAUAAUAUUCAGUGUUUUUCGGUAUCGUUUUAUUUUAUUCAGAAUACUGCCUUUAGUUAAGAAAUAUAAUUAUGAUGUCUUAUAUCAGGAGUUCUUAUGAUCAAUACAUCUUUGUGUUUUGAUGAGUUGCUGUGAUAUUUCUUCGUCUGUUUAAAGGGAUAAUACUCUUCGUUUUGACAAAAAAAAUGAAUUUUCCUGGAGUAAACAACAAUUUUCCCGU